AUUUUAAAUGUGAAAUGGUGUUCUUCAAUCAGUAUCUGAAUACUGGUUGACCAAGAUUAGCUGGUGGAACUGGAGCUCUUCAUGAAAUGCCAUUGAAAAUUAACUUCUCAUCUUUAUUCUUUUAGAGACUGAAUUUAAACUUAAGUUGAUUGCAGAAAGUCUGUUCUAUUGUUGAGUUAGGUUCAUGAACUCAACUAAGUGUUUUACCUCUGAAAAUGCAUAAUCCUGUAAUGACUCCUCUUAUCUUAAGUAAUGAACAUCUGUAUAUGAAUUCCUGAGGAAUUUGCACCUUUCUGGGAAAGUGAUGGUCACUUCCAGAGUAGUUUAUGACCAGUCCUGAAGUCUCUAGGACUCUGGAGUCUUGAAAGUUGUCCAGAAGCAAUUUAAAACUCAGUAACAUUGAGGACAUGUAUUUAUAGACUAUAAAAUACAUACGGUAUCACUCUUUUGAGAUAAUUGGAUAAACCAACACAUGCAUUGAAUAUACUCAGCUAUGCUUGUUUCUCUUUUAGAGGGCUUAAAGAACAGUUUUAGUCUCGCAGGAUUCUGUCAGAUCUUCUUUGUCAACCUCCCAGCCAAAGGUAGUCAUCUGCUACUUUCCAGGCAUUCUGUUUGAGACUCUCUACCAGUAGGACACAUCAUACCUUAUAUUAAGCCCAUUCUAUUACUAGUCAACUGCUGUUAUUAAAAUAGUUUCUUUUAAAUUUAACCAACAUCUGACUCCUAGUUUAGGGCAUGAUCUAUUAGGCUAUCUGGAAUCACAUGUAGUUAAUUAAAUCUGUCAAAUAUUUGCAAAAUGAUAACAUAUUAAAUAUUCGUCCUCUCUUUUAUUUCUAUCAAAGCAGUGAAUCUUGUUCAAGUUUCUUUUAUUAUUUGUAGGACACCCUACAGUAUUUAUUGAGAAUCUACUCUGGUAAAGUUGGUGUAAUGGAAAGUGGAAUAAUUAAAAGGAUGGAUAAAAUAGUAUGGCCAUAUUCAAGGAACUUAAAAUACAUUCAGUAAUGUAUCUUAUCCCUACUCUAUUAUUUAAAAUAAUAUAUUUUUGAGUGGGACAAGAAAGUUUAGGUGAUGACUGAAGCCCAGUAGGGUCUCUGGUGCCCUUAGGUUACACUGAAAUCUAACUCAGAUAUUGUGUGGUUUAAAGAGCUGUUUACUACACUGGGAUUAAUAUUAAAAAAAAAUGCUUACAAAUUUCUAAGCUACUUUCUGUUGGUAAAGAAUCAGGCAUCCUCUUUCCCCAAGGCCAACUUUUCAGCUUUCAUAGAAGAUGCUAUUACCAUUGUGAGUUUUGAAUUAAAUAGUGUAUUUCUUCUGAAGAGUUUAACCACUCUAGAUAGUAAUUCUAGCCACCUUUGUAAUAAAAGUACCACAUAUAUAGACAGAAUCAUGUAACAGUUAUGAUUACUUGGGAGAACACCAGAAGAACAUCAUAAUGCUUAUAUUUCAAGUAGCAAAAUUGAGGAAUUUUGAUGUUUAUUAUAAGAAGAUACAUUCAUGUAGGAGAUUAUAUUCAUUGUGGUUUCGUCAACUUCACAUUUUAAAGUUUUGUGCGAAUUGUCUUUCAUAUAAAUAUGUCCUUUGCCAAGGCUUGAAUUAGUACGUGUAAAACAAUAUUCAAAUUGAAAUUCAGUGUACUCUCUCCAGAAAAAUCAGUACCUCAAUUUAGUCACUAAAUUAAUUAAUUCAUGCAGUGCUGAGCAGUAUACUAAUGAUACAAAAAUGAGAGAGAGAAAGUUCACUGUUUCGUAAGAGACUCAGGCUGGUAAAAUAACCACACGAAAAACAUUUCAGUUAGCGCUAUAAGAUACAUGAAAGCUGUACCAGUGUCUCCACUCUUGCCUGCAGUGAUCAGGGAACACAUUUCAGAGAAAGAAACAGAAGGUGCAGGAUGACCGUGGAUUUGCCAGGGAGGAUGGACACCAAGUCAUGUGUGCGCAGCAAGUAUGACUCGAGAACAAUACAUACUAGCAACACAACAAAACAACCUGCCAAGGGCUGAGAAUGCACAACUUUACCCAGUGGGGAUUUAUGGAUGGCGAAAGAGGUGCUUAUACUUCUUUGUCCUUCUGCUGUUGGUUACCAUGAUAGUUAACUUAGCCAUGACAAUAUGGAUAUUGAAAGUGAUGAAUUUCACCGUGGAUGGUAUGGGAAAUCUGAGAGUCACCAAGAAGGGAAUCCGACUUGAAGGUAUAUCUGAGUUUCUACUUCCAUUGUAUGUGAAAGAAAUUCAUUCCCGAAAGGAUAGUCCACUGGUCUUACAGUCUGACAGGAAUGUAACAGUGAAUGCGAGAAAUCACAUGGGGCAGUUAACUGGACAGCUGACAGUAGGAGCUGACGCUGUGGAAGCUCAGUGUAAGAGAUUUGAAGUGAGAGCGAGUGAAGAUGGCAGGGUGCUGUUCUCUGCAGAUGAAGAUGAGAUUACCAUUGGGGCUGAAAAGCUGAAAGUUACAGGCACCGAAGGAGCAGUAUUCGGGCACUCUGUUGAGACACCUCACAUCAGAGCAGAACCUUCCCAAGACCUCAGGCUUGAAUCACCCACCAGGUCCUUGAUCAUGGAGGCUCCUCGAGGGGUCCAGGUCAGCGCUGCUGCGGGAGACUUCAAGGCCACCUGCAGGAAGGAGCUCCAUCUGCAAUCUACAGAGGGGGAGAUCUUUUUGAACGCAGAGAAAAUCCGGCUGGGGAAUCUACCGACCGGCUCUUUCUCAUCGUCUUCACCCAGCUCCUCAAAUUCUCGGCAGGCAGUGUACGAACUGUGUGUCUGCCCCAAUGGCAAACUUUACCUUUCUCCAGCGGGACUAGGUUCCACUUGUCAGUCCAGUAGCAGCAUCUGCUUGUGGAGCUGAAGUGACUGAUUUCUCCUCACACCAGAAUAGCCUUUUGUUCCCGUCCGUCUGCUUCACAGUUCUGCUCGGUUUCCCUUGUGAUCAGUCCAGAGCUUCUUCGAAUGGUCCAAAGAGCAACUUGUUCCCAUGCAAGCAGGUAUUCGCUGCCACCUUCUCUUGUGAUUUACUGUACUGCUCAACGCAGAGAGUGUGGGUGACAGAACAGUGGAAAAAAAUUACCUUCCGCGGGAAAACUGGAUCAUAACUUUUGCUCAAAAGGGAGAAAAACAUAGGUGCCUUUGCUACGUGAAGUGAAGCACACAGUUUUAGAUUUUUGCAGGACCUGGAUAUGAACUGCACACAUACACAUUACAUAGAUGAAAUUCUCAGUAUCCAAUGGCAAGAUGAGAUGGUUGACCCUGUCAGAAAACUAAUUCGACAGUCUGAAAGCACAAUUUUCCAAUCAUCUUUUUGGAUGUAAACUUUUAUCCCCGAAUUUUAAAAUUUUGAAGCAUUAUAUAAUGCUUGCUUUACUAAAAAUUAAAUUCGAUACAUGAUUUUUAACAAAGCGAAACAAAACAAGACAGAACGCCACCUUGAGUUUUAUUUGUUUCUUUGAAUUCAGUGUGUUGUUACUCUUUGUCUACUAAGUCUAGAAUUUUGUACAUUAGGUAAUUUUGAAAGCACUCAGCAAUAUAAUCUUUACAGAAUUAACAAAAUGCCAUUAUACUGUCAUUUGUCAGAUCUGAAUGGCCUUAUAUAGUAUUUACUUGGCUUUUGCAUGUGACGUAUUUGCUUUUAACGAAACAUCUAAUUUAUUCCGAUAUAAGAUAGGAUUAAGAGAGAUCUACUGAUGGUAUGGAAUCCAUAGAUUUUUUUUUUAAUUCACCUGCUAUCUUUUACACUAGGUUCUCAUAGUACAACUCUUUGUUUUCUCCACUCCCUCUAAAUUUGACUCUGACUGCUAAAAUUCAGCCAUAUCCUCUAAAUAAAUUAAUACUAAUGUGAUGCAUUAUGCCGAGAAUGGGUUCACUUUCCAUUGGAAUAUAACCUUCAGAAUUAUAUCUAUGUAUUCUUUUUUAUUGGAGAUUAAGAUUUAAGGAUGGUCGAAAGUAAAUUAUAACUCCCUGCUUAAACAGUAAAAACUAUAAAUGUUAACAAAUAUGUUGAAAAUGUGUUUACUCCAUUACAUUCCUAUUUUAAGGAAUUUGGUUGUGUUUCCUUUCAGCUCUUAACAUUUGGUUACCUUUAUUAGACUGCUAAGCUACCCUGGCAUCAGAAAUCCUAGCUCCUUCCAUUCUCCACUGCUUAUUUUUGUAAAGUAGCACGAAUAAAUAACUCCAGAAUAAUGCAGAUUUGUUGCUCACAGCACUCCUUAACUGGAAUUCUUGAAACUUACAGAAUCCAAGAAUGUAAAAUUGUAUUUAAGUCUUUCCUAUUAUGGGAAGAUGAGUUGAUUAAGGUAAGUCCUUAAUUUUCACAUGUCAAUCAAUUUCCUUUUUCCCCAUGCACCCGAUGGCAGGCGUGUGCAAGCUUCAUUCGGGGCUCUGUGACUGUAGAUCCUUUGGAAGUCAGGCCUCCACGGCAGCAAAGUGGGAUGGGACCCUGUUGAAUAAUUUAGCAAAAGUAGGAAAAAUUAGGUGAUGUAAGCAACAAACUGAACCAUUUGGCCAGAAUACAUACAUACCCUUGUUUGGAUAACCUAACCUACUGAAUGCUUGAAAAAGCUCCAUUUUACUAAAAUGCAUUCUGUACUCAGCAAAAAGUCAGAAAGCUAGCACACUUUUAUCACUUUUUACAAUAGAACUUGACUUGUGCUUAGAAGUUAUUACAGAAAACUCAAAUUCCUAUUGAAGUAAGCACUAUGCAGUUGCUUACAAAGUCCUAUCAUAACGUAAGAGUUCAACUUCUGUAAAUGAAAACAUUAGAAUUUAAUAUGAGAAAUUCUCAUGCUGGGUUAGCCAAGUACACAAAGUAUAUAACACAAGAAGUUUUGAGAAAUUAUGGGUGCUAAUCACUGUGUUAUGGACCUUUUAGGAAAACACUGUGCAUUAAUUUGGACAUAUUCAAGUUCUAAACAUCCCUCAAUUAAAACAAUUAGAAAGUUUUUUUAGUCAAAUGGUAACAAUUCUUUUGAUUAGUAAUUAGCGCUGUUUCUAAUCUCAGCUCUGUCCUCUACUGAUCAGUGAGCUGAUUUAGGCGGUCUGGGGAUAUCUCCAGACUCCAGUUUACUCAACUAUACGACAAAAGUACUGAGUCAAAUGGUCUCUUGAGAUUCCUUCCAGCUCUAGCAUGUUCUAAUUCCAAGAGCAAAUAUUUUAGGAGGUGGAAGGGCCGCUGAAAUGUAAAAUUAUAUGUCCUAAGAGGAGAAAAAAGGAAAGAGAAUGAGGAGACAAACGGUAUAAAAUCCAAUUCCAGUGACAGGCUGUCCAAUUUCGCAUUCAAAUAGGUUAUGAAAUGGUAUAGACACAAUUUGAAAUAUAUGUUAAGAGAUUUAGACUAGAUCUGAAUGAUGUAAAAAUAUCUGUUUGAUUUAGUACAAAAAAUUGUGAUACAGAUGGCUUUUCCUAUCCAACACUGAGUGGUUGGUUUAAAUUACUCGACUGGCUGUUUUAGAUUCCUGAAAAUCUAAGUAUAGACUCAGCCUCAGAGUUUGAGUUUCUAUUGAAGGCAUAGACGAUUGCUCCUAAAAGUCCUUCAUUUCCUCAUAAAUGAAGGCUUGGUUCUUUCCUAUUACAGAGUUUCUUUAACUGCAGACUAAACAGAUUCAUCAUAUUUCUCCAAUAGCAUUUUUUUAUAUGACAACACAUAUAAAUACAGUGUAGUUUACUUAGAUGCAGGUUUCAUCUUUCCUAAAUUUAACUCGGAAAAAAAUAAUUCCUUUAAGGUGUCCCACAUAGAUAAUAAACUCUGUUUAUCCUGGAGAAGGCAGGAAGAGAAGAAGGGAGGAAGGCAGGCCCACAGGCAGGGAGCAUACAAGGAAAGAAAGGGAUUGACAGUAUUCCUAGCAUUAAAAUUUUUAGCUGGGAAUGAAUGAACAGCAAGUAUUUGAGUUCUGAUUCUGGGGCGGUUGAAAGGAGAGAAGCAAAGAAGACACACUAUUCCUUGUUCUUUUAGAAUAUUUAAAUGAGACACGCUCAAAAAAAUAUACUUCCAAAUUUCCUGUUUCUUUUGCUCAACCUCUCUAAAAUUUCUACCCUGUACUUCUUGGUCCUAUCCCCCCCCCCCCUUAUUUUAUUAGGAACCACAAGCUUGAUAGUUUGGUACAUAAUUAUUUAUUGAAGGAUUUAAGAUCAAUCUAUACUUCGAAUUUUACACUAACCAGGAAAUCUUAGAUUUCAGUCCCCCAAAUCUCUGAAAACGGAGCCUGGAGUUUGAGUUCUCGUUCUGCCCCUAUCUACUCAAGAAAGGUACUUAAGGAAUGUGCUUCGUUAUCUCAGCCACAGUUUACUUACCUGUGAGAGUGGUACAGCCAACUAGAAGUUUCCUUUGGUUACUUUCAUCUCUAAAUUUCACUGAUUCACUCAAGAAGAGACUCAGCAAUCUUGAGUUCAGUAGCAUCGUCUAAACUAGCAUUAGUGAUCUUCUCUACCUUAAUAUGUUGGUUGUAAAUGUUAAAAUGCGGCUCUUUCCAGCACCCUGCUCCUUAUUCCUUUUUCUAUAUUCUUUCUUGCUCUUACCUUGUGGACACUAAUGUCUCUUUUAGAAAUAAUGCUUCGUUGACAGGCUUCAGUACUAUGGUUGACAUUAAAUAUAUGAAAGAGAAUAUAUUUGGGUCUCAUUAACAAUGACUGUUUAGGAAAUUCAUAGAGAUAUUUACCAAAUAUUAAUACUCUAUUGGUCAUUCUGUUCCUACUUAUCCCCAUCAGACUAAAAAGCACUGGUCUUCUGAAGAAAAGGUAAUUUGAUCACCAAAGUCAGUUGCUGAAUUUGUAUAACCAUUCAAAUUUGCUGCAUAUUCUACCUUCUGAAUUACUCAAUUGGACUGUGCCUCAUUUCAUAAAACUGGCAUUGGAUGCAAUAAAAACUCCUCAUGGAUUGUGUCACUGCAAACAUGGAAUCUCUGUGUGAAGCAGCAGUUGGGAGAAGGCUGGAGAGUGUUUAAUGCAUUUAAGUGCUAUAUUUUAUAACAGUGUCAAUAUCCUAAUAUUAAAUUAUUAAAAUAGCUGAAGAUAUUUAUUGGCCAAAUUUUCUAUACAGCCAUCAAAGCCAAAUUCACAUUUGAGUUACUUAAGAGUAAGGCCUUACCUUAUUCUUCCAGCAGCUUUGGUCUAAUUCGAAUUGUUCAUGUGACCAUAUUUAAAAGAUACCUGGAGAAUGUAUUUUCUCUAUGUAGUAGUAUAUGAUAGUAAUGUAUAUUGCAUAUAUUGCAUAAUAUCAUUAUCACAAAGUAAAAUGAUAUUGUAUUUUUAUUCUUUUAAAAUAAUCAUAAACUAAUGAAUGACCUCAUUGAACACUGUUAUUCAUAUUGUUUUAUACUGCAGUUCAUUAGUUAUCUAAAUAUCAAAGACCAAAGACUGGGAUUUCUAUUGUAUUUAGCUCUGCAACCCUGCUGCUUCUACUAAUUUAUUCAAAUGAAUAGGAGGGCUUAUAAUUAUAACAUGAGGCAGUAAACAUCCUCCGUGCAGGAUUCUGAGCUGUAGAUCAUUAAUUACCAUUGUGGUUUUGGAAGGAAAAUUUUGUUAGUAUAGUCCACUUACCUUUUAUACAUGCAUAAUAAGCUCCUUGAUACUCAUAAGACCAGUAUAUAAAGACUAUAUCCUAAAAUGGGCACCGGAUGGAUUUACUCAGCGGAGUUUCAACUUUCAUUGCUUGGUAAAAAUUCUUUGGAGAAUGUAAUUAAUUUGAAAUACUUUCAGAACCAGAGGGCUAUUUUUUAAGUGUUGAUUGAAGCGGUUCCACUCUUUGAGAAAGUCAAUGAAAAACAUGAAAGGAAAUGAGGUAUAAUGAACUGUGAUCAUUUAUGUUUUUGCAGUCUUAAUACCUCAUUUGUCUGAAUAUUUAUAAAUAAGAGCCAAACAGGGUUGAAGAUGUGCAAGGACAUUCGCUAACAAUGGAGAUACGUAAUUUCAAGUUUGAGUGUCUCGUUAUUUAUACAAUUCUUUAAACCAGGUCCACUACUCAUUUAUUUUGUUUUGUAAUUUUCAUGUAAAUGUUUUCUUGUAUAUAUAGAUAUAUGAAAAAUGGAACUAUUUUCUUACACAUACUAUGCAAUAUGUUUGUAAAAUUGCAAUAUUACCAAAAUACAAAAGCUGUGCUUUUGUACUCUAUCUUGCUUUAUGUAAAAUCAGUCUUUUUCUAUUUAAAUGGACUACCUGUCCCAUAAACUGUAGAUAACCUAUCUAUUCAAAAAUCAGUCUAUUGUAUCUUUUGUUUAGUUUGGGGUGGAUUGGGUUCUAUUUCUUUUGGGAGAAAACGCACCAGUUUGGCAGUUGGAAACUUUGUUUUCCUCAAAAAAUGAGACCUUUGAAGCAUGCAAUGAGCUCAUAUAAUUUAAGAUCUCUCCUGUAAUACUUGUAUUUUGUCCUGAUUUUGGUGCUACUGUGUAACCAUGAUUAAACGUGAUAGUCAAAACAAAGAGGAUCAAAACUUACAUGCUAUCAUUUAUUUAACUGAAAAAAAAAGUUUGAAGAGGAGGGAUGUGGGUAUUGUAGUGAUUAGAGACCUUUUUCAAUUAUGUGUUUUAGAUACCAAUUCUAGUAAGACAUAUGCUUUUCAAAUUUUACUUUAAUCUGUAUAUUUACACUUGAUAAAGAUGCUUCCCUUAUGAAAAAUUGAACAUAUUGUUCUUCUUAAACAUAUGCCCAGUGAAACUAGAGGAAUCACAUUGAUUUAAAAUUCUUGGUCACUACAUUUUACCAAACGAUUAACUAAUAGUUCAUCCCUUCUGCAAUCUCCAUGAUAUGAUUCUGGGGCUAAGAUUAAACGAAUUGCUAUUUGCUCAAAUAUACAUCCCUACACAGACCCAUAUCAUUACACAUAAAUACAUACACGUGCAAUGGCAAGUGUA